CUAAAAAUGACAAACUAUUUAGAAACACCACCACCUUAGAAUUGUGAUCAACGCACAAACGGCAUGCGUUUCAACCCCAACCCACUCCACCACUCUUGAACAGUUUCGAUAUCUGAUUCAUAUUCUGCUUCUGCUGCUAAUGCAACUACUUCUUCCUCCUCCUCCUCCACACUCUCCACUCCCACUCUCUGUUUUCUGGGAAUGGGUUGGGUUUGAAUUGAAUUGAAUUGGAUUUCUCCCGCCUAUUUUUCCUCCAAACCAAGUUUCAUUAAGGGGUUUAGGGUUCUGCAUCCUCUUUGUUUACGUCUCCCUGUCUUCACUUACUUAGGGUUAAUUCAGAAGUUAGGGUUUCGUUGUUCUAGGCGACAAUGAUGUAUGGCGAUCCUCAGCAGCAACAGCAGCUGCAGCAGCAGCAACAACAACAACAUGGCGGUGGAGAUUUUAACAGGGGGCCUCCAAACCCAAUGAUGAGGCAGCCUUCUGCUUCUUCCACUAAUCUCGCUCCUCCUGACUAUCACCAUCCUUCUGCCCCUGGUCCUCCCAUUCCUCCUUAUGACGCUCAUGCUGAUGGUUUUGCCGCAAAAAGGAUGAGAAAACUUACACAGAGGAGGGCGGUCGACUACACUAGCACUGUCGUCCGGUAUAUGCAGAUUCGUAUGUGGCAACGGGAUUCGAGGGAUAGGACAAUAUUGCAGGCAACUCCAGCAGCAGCUAUAGAUAUGUUGCCAACGGGGGCAUAUGCAGACAAUCCAUCCACUAGUUUUGCUGCAAAGUUUGUACAUACUUCUCUAAACAAAAAUCGUUGUUCCAUUAACCGCGUCCUUUGGACUCCUACAGGAAGGCGACUUAUUACUGGAUCUCAAAGUGGGGAAUUCACACUGUGGAAUGGACAAUCAUUUAAUUUUGAAAUGAUUCUUCAGGCCCAUGACCAAGCAAUCAGAUCAAUGGUAUGGAGUCACAACGAUAACUGGAUGGUCUCAGGUGAUGAUGGAGGCGCAAUAAAGUAUUGGCAGAACAACAUGAAUAAUGUGAAGGCAAAUAAAACUGCUCAUAAAGAGUCAGUUCGGGACUUAAGCUUUUGUAGGACAGACUUGAAAUUCUGCUCCUGUUCAGAUGACACUACUGUCAAAGUAUGGGACUUUGCUCGGUGUCAAGAAGAACGCUCAUUAACUGGCCAUGGUUGGGAUGUGAAGAGUGUUGACUGGCACCCUACAAAAUCUUUACUCGUUUCAGGUGGGAAAGACAGUCUUGUCAAACUAUGGGAUGCUAAAUCAGGGAGGGAGCUCUGUUCUUUUCAUGGCCAUAAAAAUGUUGUCCUUUGUGUCAAAUGGAACCAAAAUGGUAAUUGGGUACUGACUGCUUCAAAGGAUCAGAUCAUCAAGCUUUAUGACAUAAGGGCUAUGAAGGAGCUUCAAUCUUUCCGUGGACAUCGAAAGGAUGUGACUACUUUGGCUUGGCAUCCUUUUCAUGAAGAAUACUUUGUGAGUGGAAGUUACGAUGGAUCCAUGUUUCAUUGGCUUGUGGGGCAUGAAACUCCACAGAUUGAAAUUCCUAGUGCACAUGAUAACAGUGUGUGGGAUCUUGCAUGGCAUCCUAUUGGAUAUCUUCUUUGCAGUGGUAGCAAUGAUCACACAACAAAGUUCUGGUGCAGAAAUCGACCAGGAGACACUGCUCGUGAUAAUAAAUUUAAUAUGGGUCAGAAUCAAGGUUAUGGGGAGCAAAAUCCUGCUCUUGCUGGCCGCUUUACUGGUAACUUUCCAGUUUCUGAAGGUCCAACAACUCCUGGACCAUUUCCUCCGGGGUUGACAAGAAAUGAGGGUACCAUUCCGGGUGUUGGAGUUGCAAUGCCAUUAUCCAUUCCAUCACUUGAUCCAUCAGCACAGGGAGAUCAAAAGCAUCACCCAAUUUCAAUGCCUCUAGGGGCUCCUCCUCUUCCACCCGGACCCCAUCCAUCCCUUAUGGCUGCGAAUCAGCAACAAUCAUAUCAACAAAAUCCUCAACAUAUACCUCAACAACAACAUCAACAACACCACCAAGCACUCCCUCAACAAAUGCCCCCUAUGGCUAUGCCACCUAAUAUGCAACAACUACAACCUCCUUCUCAUUUACCAUUGCUCCCACAUCCCCAUUUGACUCGCCCACCACCUCAAAUGCCCCCACAUGGUUCAAUACCUGGAUCCUUGCCAAUGCCGUCCUCGGUUCCCUCACAUUCGAUGCCUGGCCCCAUGGGAAUGCAAGGUACGAUGAAUCAGAUGGUUCCUAUGCCACAAGGGCAUUAUAUGGGCAUGAAUCCGAUGCACUCAGGAUCUUUGCCAACAAGCGGUCCUCAACAGGGUGGUUUCCCAAAUGGCAUGCCAAACAUGCAGGGCCCAUCAAAUCCAAGUGGGGGGCCGAUGUAUCCACAGGGUGGUGCUUUUAAUCGAGCGCAAGCUGGGCAAAUGCAUAUGAUGCAGGGGUAUAAUCCUUACCAGUCUGGGAAUCAAUCUGGUAUGCCACAACCUCAACAAGGUCCACCACCUCAUGGUCAACCACCUCAAUAGGGUUUUCAGCUCAUUUUUCUUUUUCUUUUAAUCAUAUGGAAUGAUAGGGGUUCCCAGCUAAGUUUCAGAAUGGACUUAAAUUUCCAGAUUCUAUCCGUGUACAUUUUUAGAUUUUUCCCUCCAAUUGUUGUUGCAAGGAUUUAGCCUUUUUAACUUAAUAGGUGGAUUCUUUUUAUUUUUUUAUUUUUUUUUCUUUCUGGCUGAACCUGGAUAUAUAAUGCUGUUUUUACUGUGAUGGUGGAAGGAAUACUUUUAGACUGCAA